AUGACUGUUAAAGUAACUUUUAAUGGUUUUGCUUGGUCAAUGAGACUUCAUUAUAUUAUGGAAAACGCUGCCACUAUUGAUGAAGCUUUCUCACUUUGGGAAUCUACCAAUAAUACUAUGGGUAUGUGUCACAGUUUUGCUAGUGCUACCGAAGUUCAAACUGCUCAAUAUCCAGCAUAUGCUUUAGAAACUAUGAAAGGUUACACUUCUUUCUUUUAUGAUAACAAUCCAAAUGAACAUUCACCUACUCUGACCCAAACUGGCGCUCAAACUCAAAUGGGUUAUCCAAUGAAGGAUGCUGUCUAUCGUACAAAUCAUGGUUAUGAUGAAACCAUUCAAGGCUUUGGUCAACAAAGAGUUUGUGCUGCUUGUGGAACUUAUGUUGAAGUUGAUUUAUCACCAUGGUUUGGUUUAAAUAAUUAA